AUGACGCUAACAACCCUGUUGACCAGAUGUGGCAUGCACAUGAAGGCCUGUGUAGUGGCAGUGUUUCAGUGGUUUGUGGGGUGUUAUAACAACAGUUCUGCUGGACCGGCCAGUGGUCUGUCUAAAGCCCCGGAUUGUCGAGGACUCCACCCCAUCACCUGCUCACAGGGCUGUCUGGAUGGCGGGUACGAUGUGGCAGCGUUGUCGGGGGAGACGUGUUACUGUGGUCAUUAUGGGAUGGAAGGGCUUGUGGCCAGGGAGUGUCCAGACAUCUCUACUAAAGGGGAGUCAGACACAGUUCCACAAAACAACUCUACAGGGUGGUGUUGUGACUCUGUCUGUCUGCCGUGUGGAGAUGGGAAGGACAUGUUGGCUGUAUACAGAACACUGGGGCCUUACAUCCGGAAUGUCAGCCUGGAAGUACUGACUGACACAGUGCAUUCUGGGAAGCCUUUCCUCUUGGAGGUUUCUGGAUACCUGGCGGCUCCUCCCACUCAGCCUACAGGGAUAUAUGGCCUGGAAGGAGAGAACCUAUCAUCUGUGGAUGUUCAAUUCAGUGGGAAGGCCCACAAAGGUCAAAGUUCACACAGCGUCAUCGUCCAGGACGAUGGCUUCUUCACCUUCUCCUCUGAUUGGAUGCUGGAAAACCCUGGAACAUACCAAAUUAAGAUCUCAGUCUCCAACCUCCUCUCCCAGCUCUUCUCCUCCCUCUAUCUCUCCGUCUUGCGUCCCUCUCCAGAGGGGUUGGAGGUCAGCCUGGUCCAGGGGCAAGGGGGUACCCCCUCCUGCCUGCCCUACCCAGCCCAGGACACCCUAUCCCAGGCUCUGGAGAAGGCCUACCUGGGUGAUAGCCUCACCCUCCAGGCAUAUGUAGGAGCUGGAAUCAGGGUGCAGUUCCACUGGAGAUUCAUCAGUGAUAAUGAAAAGGAAGAGGAAGAGGAGGGGAAGAGGAGGGAUGUAAAGAUAGACUGCCUUCCUGAUUCUGAUUGUCUGAGCAGCACUGUGGCGGUGGUGAGGCGUGUUGUGUGUAAUUUGACUCUGGAGAGUCGGUCUGGGUACCAUCUGGCUGCUGGUCAGAACAUUUCUGUGGACCUGCAGCUCUACACCACGCAGAGACAGAGCCUAAUGCUCAACCUCACACUGACCUACCAGGGAAAACACAGCGUCAACCAAGACCAUGUCCACAACCUCAACCAAACCUUCAAUCAUGACGAUGCUGACCAUGAAAACAAUCAAAACCAUGACCAAACAGAAGAUCACAACCUCAAUCAAAACCAAACCUACAGUCAUGAACUUGACCACUUCUACAACUUUACCCUAGCGCUUGAACUCAACCACAACCAAACCCAUGGUCAUGACAAUGACGAUCACACCAUGUCCCUCCAAUUCACCCACACCCUCUCCCUGUCCUCCUACCCCCAGCUCUCUAGCCCCCUGCACCUCUGCUCCUCCUAUGGCCAGACCAGCUGCCACCUCCAGUUCCACCUGCACUACCCCCUCCCCUCCACCGUGGGACAGUAUACCCUAUCAGCCACAGUCUUCUCCCUCUCUGAUUCUGCUGUGCCGCUACUCUCCGCCUGUCUCCCUUGCCCCCUGGUGGUGUACGACCGCAUACGCACCCUCUGGCCGGCUGGAACGUGGAGCGCUGUGGUUCCGUCACGGUCAGAACUCAACCUCACGGUCACCAGCCAGGCUGACCACAUGGGUUCUAAGGUGCUUUGGACAGUUGCUAGGGGCAACACUACUGUGCUCAACAGGAUCACUGAGGGCUGGACCGUGACCAUGACAUUCUCGAUCGCAGGGACCUAUCUGGUCACGGUCAAAGCCUUCAACCCAAUCAGCUGGGUUGGCUUCCACACACACUUCCUGGUCCAAGAUCCAGUCGGAGAAUUUUUGUUGAACAUUCCAAGAGUAGUCACGGUCAACUGUCCGACCGCAGCGUUGUUCACCAUCACAACAGGGUCGAACAUGUCUGUGGUGGUGUUAACGAACACAUCCGUGCUGUACCAGAACAACAGCUACACAGCAGGGGAGGAGGUGACCGUGGCUGGUCAGAAAGUGGUCACACACGGUCACCAUGGAUAUAACUCUACCACCUGUCACCUGGCCGAGCCUAGCCCUCAGUACCAAGGAGCUUUGAUUUUAGCACAUGAGGUAACCACGGAGGAGCCAAUUGGUGACGUCCUCUUAGUGUUGGCCACACCUGCCGUGAUCCGAUUAGCUGACUUCAUCAACGCAACAGCUUUAGUGGUCAGAGGCGGGGCCAUGGUGUUUGAGUGGCAGGUGUCUCUCCCAGAAUUCACCACUCACAGUCACACAGACAGGAACACCAGUGUGAGCUCCCUUCAUCUCCAGGCAGUUGUUCCAGGGAUGUAUAACAUUACCGUGACAACCUACUGUCCCCUGGGCCACACCUCAGUCAGCCGACACCUAGAGGUCAGGGUUCAUGGCCCCGUGGGUCAAGUUCAGGUCCAGUACCCAUUUGGGUCGGAUAGGGCAGCGCUCCACCUGCAGGCUGUUGGGACCUACGCCACGUCCCUCCUCCUGUUCAGAGGACACUCCUUCUCCCACAGCGCCCAUUUUGUUUUUGACUUCGGAGACGGGUUGCCAACUUCAUAUGUGAACGGUGUCUCUCAUUCGCUGGGAAAGACUGCAUCCACCUAUCACCAGUUCACUAAAGAGGGAGUGUUCCAGAUCAGAGUGUGGGCCUAUAAUGAGUUCUACAGAAGUAUGGCUACGGAACGUGUGUUCUAUGUAGAGAAGGUUCCAGCGGGUCUAGACCUCUCUGCACACUCAAGUGUGAUUCAUAAGAACCAGGUGGUUCUCUUUGAGGCUCUGUUAGAACAGGGAACUAACGUCUCAUACACCUGGAGUAUGGGAGACCAGACCACCUAUGUCAAUGCAGGUGCUGUAGUGUCCCACGUGUUCCUGUCUGUGGGUGCGUUUGAGGUGUGUGUGUUGGCUGAGAACAAAGUCGGGAGUGUGAGCCACUGUGUCCCCGUCUCUGUGCUGCACCGGAUGCAAUCUGUGAGUAUCCACACAGAGAAACAGGCGUAUGCCACAAACACUGAUAUAACAUUCCGGGCCCGGACAGAAGAACCGGACCCUGUGGAAUUCCUCUGGCACUUUGGAGAUUCCCGACCCCUUCGGACCACGUCACGCUCCUUAAAAAAGACAUACCACACACCUGACAGGUACAGUGUGGUGGUGGUAGCCUCCAACGGGCUGAGCUCCUUCACCUCCGAGGUGCAUCCUGUCCUGGUCCAGAGAGCUGUGCGUCCUAACAGAUUGCUCCUCCAGCCGUCUGUGGUUCUGAACCACACCGCCAGCUUCACCUGUAGGGUCAACUCUGGAACCAACCUUUCCUACUCCUGGAGCUUUGGAGACGGAACCUCCAGGACGGGAGGGAACACAGAACAGCAUGUAUUCCACAGGACAGGAGAGUUCACGGUUGAGGUGACCGUGUCUAACCUGGUCAGCUCUGCCUCCCUGACCGCACAGAUGUUUGUGGUCGACCGCCCCUGUAAUCCUCCAGCUGUUAAAAACAUGGGACCGCUCAAGAUACAGGCACGGAGGUAUGAGCCAGUGGGUCUGGGGGUGACGUAUGAGGCAGAGGUCCAGUGUGAUGUGUUCCAGGGUCUGGAGUACAACUGGUCUCUGUAUAACUCUACAGGCCUGCCUGUACCUCUACCUCCUGUUCACACAGACAGACAGAGCAUCACCCUACCCAGCCACUUCCUACACUAUGGUAUCUACACCGCUAUAGCCAAGGUCCAGAUCGUUGGCAGUGUGGUGUACAGUAAUUACAGUGUAUGUGUGGAGGUGGUGCCCAGUCCUCUGGUCUCCUUCAUCCAUGGAGGCACCAACAUGUUCCUCAGCAGCAGAAACAGCAGCAUUAUCUCCCUAAACGGACAACUCUCCUAUGACCCCGACUACCCCAUGAACCACCUCAGCUAUAGCUGGACCUGUAAGCCAAUCAGUGCCAUCGACAGCUCGUGUUUCGACCAAUAUGUGCCCACCUCCUUCUCUGUGAUCGUGUUUCCAGUGGGGUUCCUGAAACGGGACUUUGACCAGUUCAGGUUCAUGCUCACGGUCCAGAGUGGAGAACGCUCAUCUACAGCUGACACCUUCAUCACGGUCACACCCAGCCUGCUCAGGAGAGUGUCAGUGUAUUGUUACCAGUGCCAGGGGGACGUAGUGAACUGGGACCAGUCGUUCUCAGUCAGAGCAGUGUGUGACAGCUGUGGCCCCUCCCCCAGAACCAUCAGCUACACCUGGACUCUCUACCUGGUCGACUCCUCCAGUAAGGUGGACACAGACGUCCCCUUCUGCCACAGUGUGGAUCUGAGUAUUCCCUCCAACAUCAUUAGUGGCCCUACCUUUCCCCUGCCUCCAGCCCUGACUCUCACCCCUCCAUCAUCACCCCCGCACACACCCUCAACCACAGCCAGCGUGAUGUCCUCAUCCACAGAGAUAUCCUCAAAUAUGACAUCAAUCCCAGCCAGCUUGGUGACCGGUCUGAUGUCAUCAAACGUGACCAGCCAUACUGAGAUACAAACUACGACCCCCACAACUCCCGACCCAGUCCCCCUGCCUCCCUUCCCCCUCUCUUCUCCAUCACCUGGUGGUCGCCCCCGGAAACAGAGGUCACAGGGUUCAGUAGAACUUCAGAAAAUCAAUAGCGCAGCUGGGAACAACCAAACACCAAACUACAGCCCUCCAUUUCUCUCUUUACCAAACCACAGUGUUUUGGCCAACCCUUCACCAAACUCCUCCCCCGAGCCCAUCUCUGCUCCAAUCAGCUUCACUCCUGAUACACCUGAGCCAGACUUGGGAGGGUUUGACCCCGGUGGGCCCCCUUACCUCAUCUCAGAGUACUCUGUAGUUACCUUAGACGAUGGCAGCAUCCUUUACUCUGCCCCACUUGGCCAGAGUGACAUCAUCGAGGAAUUCCCCAUCGAUCCUGAUUUUCCCAAUGACUACGACUUCCCUUUCCCCGUCCUGGAGAGUGGAGAUGUGAGUGGACGUCCUGUUGAGGGCUCCUUUCCUGGACAGUCAGUCAGUGGUGGAGUGUUAGGACCCUUCCCCGGAUCAGAUUAUAAUGUUCCCUUCCUGGGGAUAGAGGAGGCAGACCCGGGAGCGUCAGUGGGCAGACCAACAGGUGUGGGUAGUGGGAGCUCCGAGAGCUCAGAGGGGGACUCUCCUCCUGCUGUCCCAGGAUCAGCUGAGGAUGAGGGGAGUAACCUGAUGGACUCCAGCCCCUCCCUGGUGGUCCUUGACCCCACACUACUAGACCUGCCCAGAGAACUGUUAGAGCAGGAGCUGUUUGAGUCCUACACAUACACAGGAAUCUCCUCUGCUCUCAUCACAUUCAGACCUUUCACACUGAGAGCAGGAAGCAGAUACAUGUUGGAGGUCACAGCUAACUCCCACGAUACAGUAGUGGGGCGGACUCAGCUGUUCCUGUCCACUAGCCCCAGUCCCCAAGGGAUAACCUGUCAGGUGCAGCCUAGCAGUGGCUUCGAGAUACACACACACUUCAGCAUCUUCUGCACCUCUGGGAAAGAGGACCUGCUGUAUGAGUACAGUUUCAGUAUAGGAAACAGCCCUCCUAAGACCCUGUACCAAGGAAGAGACUUUCAGUACUUCUUCAACCUGCCAUCUGGAGACCCUCAGGAUGACUAUAAAGUCACUAUCUAUACAGAGGUCCGGAACAGGUUUGGAGCAGCAACUGCACCCUGUCCUGUAACCGUCACAGUCCACCCCAGCUUCAUCAGGAACACCUCCUCUAACUACAACCCUGAUAAGGAACUGUAUUUUGAGUCAGGUUUGAGGAACCUGUCUGAUCUGGUCCAGUUGGGGAACAGUGUCGAGAUCCGUAACUACAUCAUCCUCCUGUCCAACGUCCUCAACAGACUCAGCCAGGACCCCACAGCCAACACACACACUCAGACACACACACGCACCGCACUCAUCAACGCUGUUUGUCAGCUCGACAUCAAUGACCAGCGGUCCAUGACAGACAACAUCUACAUGCUCAAAGACCUGAUGCACCUCACCCACCAGGUAUCGUUAGCCAGUAUCAGUGUGGUGGUGGUGGUAUCGUUAGCCAGUGCCAGUGUGGUGGUGGGUCAAGUCCAGUCCAUCUCAGACCUGUUCCACCAGCCCAGUUUUCCUGUUCCCUACCUAUUGGACAGCUGGACGCUCAACACUCUGGUCACACUGCUGUCAUACAGCCUGCAGGCCACCCCCACUACUAAUGAUGUCAGGCAAGACCAGGCCACUGCUGAUGAUGUCAUACAGGCCACGCCUACCCUCAAAGAACAGGCCAUACAACUCACGACUGACAGUCUGCAGACUACUGAUCAAUUACUACUGAAAUACAUCCUGUUCAAUAAGGUCGAGCAGCACAACGUGACCACCAGUGUCAUGGACCUACAGACCACUCACCACGACCGUGGUCUAACCACAGUCAUCAGCUCUGGCUCGGCCACCUUCUACCUGCCUGACUCCCUGGACCUGGUCCUGUACGGUCGUAGGAGGAGAGAAACCGCAGAUGGAACACAGAGUCUCUGUGUCCUCAGCCAGCUGACCACGUUCACGCACAACCUCUACUUCUGGACCAAGACACCUGUACUGCUGAGUGGGCCAGUGAUUGACCUGACUCUGUACAACUGCAGCACAAGGAGAGAGAUUCCAGUACGUUCGCUCUCCCAACCAAUCAACAUCGAGUUCCCCAAAACACCUAGAAAUGUAAGUUCUUUAUCGGUGUUCACUCUCCUGCGUAGCCAGGUGAACUACCACGGUUUGAACAUUACCCAGCAGGCCUUGCAGGAGGCCAUACUGGUCAGUGUGGAAUUCACGCGGCCUCCCAACAAGACCUUUCCCAUCAUGCUCCUCUUCAGGAUGUUUGAGAGGCCGACCCCCAGCUUGUAUCACAUCCACAGCAUCUAUCACUGGGACGGAAACACCACCUACAUCACCCUGCCUCCAUCAUACCUCACUGCUCCAGGGACAGGCUAUCUGGCUCUACUCAACGCUGACUACAAAAAGACCCCCAGACACAAGUACAUGAGCAGACAAGUGAACUACACAUUGAGACUUGAGACCAGCCAGUGUCUGUCCUGGGACCACCAGGAGGGCUGGACACACACCAGCUGCACACCUCAACUAGGACUGACCUCACACACCAGGGUCAACUGCAGUUGUAGCCACUUGAGCCCAUUGACCGUGGUCCAGCAGCAGAUCCAGAGCAGCCAUGACGACUCAGCAGAUCUGGCCCAGUUCAUCAGUCUCCCCAGUGAUGUGACGGUGGUGUGUGUGUGUGUGGUGUGUGUGUGUCUGUAUGCUCUGGGCAUGGUGGUGUGUAAGAGAGCUGACCUCAUCUCAGAGAGGAACCAGGGAGUCUACUACCUGUCUGAUAACGCUCCUUCAGACACACACCUCUACUCUGUUACUAUACACACCGGCCUCCGCUCCUCACCCAGCAUGACCGCCAAGGUCCAUAUCGUGCUGUAUGGGGAGGAUGGGGUGUCACAGACCAGACAACUACAUGACCCAGAAUGCCUUCUGUUCAGAAGGAACUCCAGGAACACCUUUAUACUGAGUACUGUAGACAGUCUAGGCCCUCUGUGGGGGCUGCACCUGUGGCAUGAUAACACUGGCCCCUCCCCCACCUGGUACCUCAGACAGGUGGAGGUGUGUGAGGUGAAGGGCAAGGGGCGGAGCUGGCUGUUCCUAGGCCAGUGCUGGUUGGCUGUUGACGAGGGUGACAGACAGGUGGAGAGGAGACUCAGGGUCUGUGAUCAGGGGCCAGGAUUUACCAAGCUGCUGUAUCUGAAGCUGUCAGAGUACCUGUCAGACUUCCACCUGUGGUUGUCUGUGUACAGUGGUCCCUCCCCUAGCGUGUUCACUCACACACAGCGCCUCAGUGUGUGUCUGCUGCUGCUGCUGGGGUACAUGUGUGUCAACACGUUACUCCUAUCUGGCCUCGAUGACCAAUACACCUCAGAGCUGGGCAUCAUCGACGUGUCUACCGUUUCCCUAACGACGGGGUUGCUCAGCGCGCUGGCUGUGUUGCCCGUAGCGUCCGCGCUGUCCUUCCUGUUCCGUCUGCGUGAGGUCAGAGUAAAGAGGUCAGAGGUCAAACAGGACAUGGUCAGACUGCCAGACAUCUACUCUAUAGAAGCUGAUGCGCUGAUUGUGAGUGACUGUGUGUUUGACUCUCUCUCCUGGAACAAUCUGCAGCAGUGUGCACAGGAGGCCUGGAGGAAGAAAUAUGAGGGCUCAGUGCCGAAUAGGGAUCUGGUAACUCAAAGAGGAGAUCUGGUAAUACGGGGCAGUCAGGAUCUGGUAAGGGAUCUGCUGACCCAGGAUAAAGUCUCCUCAGAUUGCAACUCCAGUGGUUUUGACAGCUUGCUUGGCAGGUUGCUAGGCAACAGUGUCCCAGACAACAACAGCAUUAGCAAGGAGAGGGAUCGUAACCUCAACGAUAGCUCCAAACUGCUAGGCAACAACCAAGUGGGCAACAGUACCAGCAGAUGCUUAGGGGGCAGGCUCAGCCCUCUACCCCGCUGGAGUCACCUCCUAGCCUGGGUACUGUGUUUGGCCCUGGGCCUCUCCUCUCUAGUGGUCACUAUCGUCUUGGGGAUCAGGUUCAGCAGCAGUAAGACUUUACUGUGGAUCCAUUCUGUUAUCUUCUCCCUGCUCUCCUGUGUCUUCCUCAUCCAGCCAGCCGUGAUCCUUGCCGUGGCUGUGGUGGUCUCCUUCUGGCGCAGGAAGCGUCCAGACUUCUCAAGUUUCUCAGCAGUUCCUGGGUUUCAGGCAGAAACUCUGAAACUGUGGACCCAAGAUGGCUCCUGUGUCCCAGAGCUCUUCCUGCUCAGCCCUCCUCAUCCGCCCCAGGAGAGAUGCUCACACUUUGACAGGGUGCUGGCGGCCCGUCAGAGGGCUCGGUAUCUGCGUCUGGUACGCCCACCCACUUCUGGGGAGCUGAGGAGGACAGGGGGGAGGAAGAGGAGAGAAACACUCAUUCGCAAAACACUCAGGGAGAUGGCAGUGUGUGUCUCCAUGCUGUUCCUCCUACUGUGUGUAACCUAUGGCAGCUCCUUUAGAGACCAGUAUCAUCUAAACCAUGCCGUCCGAACACAGUUCACCAGGAGCCCACAUAACCCCUUCCUGUCCAUCCAAACGCAUGAGGAGUGGUGGAACUGGACCUUAACCAGUGUACUGGAUGGUCUGGACUGGGACACCUGGUAUAACAACAUAUCAGCAACUGGGAAGGCAGGUGCUGUCCAGGGAACAUGUAUUCUGAUAGGAGAGCCCAUCUUGAGGAAGAUUGAUGUUUCCAACGCAUCCCAAUGCCAGAAUGCCUCAUGGAAAGAGUCUCUGGGAUGGCGUUACCCAUGGAGGUCGGACUUCGUCUCUGCGGUCAACUCCAGUGUUACACAGGAACUGGGACCACAGUCAGAGUUUGUGUCCAGGCUAGAAUCCCUGAGGUCCGCUGGCUGGCUGGACAGACUAACGGUAGCCAUGGCAACCCAGUUCACCCUCUACAGCCCCCCCACCAACCUGUUCAACAGUGUGAACCUGAUGGCCGAGAGAUUACCUGGUGGAGCUUUGCACACCUCCGCCCGUGUCCAGUCAGCUAGGGUCUACCAUUCACCUACUGUAUGGGACUACUUCAGUAUGGCAUGUCAGCUCGCCCUCCAGAUCUGUUCUGCUGGAGAAAAAGGCAUGCUGGCAUACUUGAGAGACCCCCAGAGUUGGCUCCAGGUCAGUAUACUCCUGGUCAGUAUACUCAUGGUCAGUAUACUCCUGGUCAGUAUACUCCUGUCUGUCUCCCUCCAGGCUAGUAUACUCCUGGCAACCCUGGUGUACUACAUCUACUACAUCUAUCAGUCCAUUCUGACUCUGGAGGUCAUUGACCUGUUGCAGCGACACGACUUCAGGAUGCAUGUGGAUGUCAGCUUACUGUCUACCUCGGAACAGCACACCCAUACACUGCGUGGCAUACUGCUCUUCCUCCUGGUGGUGCGGUGUAUGUGUUUGUCGGGGGUUAACAGAACCAUGGCCGCCUCAGUGACUCUACUCAGACUCACCUUCUCCAGACUUCUCUGGCCAAUGCUGUCAGGAGUUUUCCUGUUGGUGGCCCUGUCCUCUGUGGGAAACCUGCUGCUCCUGAGGAGGUCCUGGGGGUCCAGCUCACUGCCCCACUCCGUCUUCACACUCCUGUCUCUCUCCAGGGGCCAACUGGGCUCCCGGGCCCACUCCCUGCCCGUGGCCUCUCAGCCCCAACAGCUCCACAGCCCCAACAGCGUGUCUUUGUCUUUCUACCAUGGAGCUCUCUGUCUCACCCUCACUGUGGCCUGGACAGCAGUGUUGACUGGAAUCGUCUCCUCGUUAGUGAGAGCUGCUAAACUAGCUGGUAGGAGGAGGAGCCUACUGACUCUCUGUGACGUGGUUGGCUACGUCAGGGAUCGGGCAGCUGUGCUCAUUGGCCAACGCAGACAGAGAUGGACAGAUAGCCAUGCCCACAGGAGAAGUUUUUACCUGGAGGAAUUUGAGAGCCUGGUGGAUGAGCUGCAGUUUAGACUAAAUGCCUUCUCUAACAGUCUGCACCACACCCUACAUCCUAAAGAUAUCUUCUCCCCCACCCAGAGCCCCUCCAGCCUGGCCUCACAGCGCUCUGCUGCCAGUGAAACAGCACACGUGACUGAAGAAACACUUCUCAAUGAUCCCCCUGACAUCACCAACCUCCCACUGACCUCCAGGGAACACUCACCUGACGCACACCACUACAGGUCUCAGCUUGAGUUGGAGACCCUCCACCAUCUGCAGCAGUCAGGCCAGAGGAGGCAGACCCCGGCCCCAGCUGGAGGACUCUCAAGAAGGGUUGGGCCAUCCGUCAGUCCCCUGCAUAGUGGAGCACCAGGGUGGAUCUCCCGAGAGCACCCAUCAGACAGAAACCUCCAGAUCUCCACCUCCAUAGGGGGGCCAAGCUACCUCUCCUCCCCAGAUUCGGUGCACCUAGCUGAGGCUCGGACAUGGGACAACAUGCCUCAGAUCCAGAGCCUAACAGGCUGGAUAGAUAAUCAGCUGGUUAAGACUGUGGUUCUGGAGAAUCAGAUCAGCCACUGGACCACUGUCGGUCGGUCUGGUAAGAAGAGCCACAGAAGUCCCAGAAACACCCAAUGGGCUACAGUAGAGGGGCCCAGCUCCAGAUAUACCACUGCUUCUGGGGUGAUGGAGGGCCAUGGAGGGCCACACAGGGCUGUGGUGGAGGUUAUGGUCCAUGGGAGCCCGGAGACUGAGCCAGAAGAGGAGGGAUUCCUAGGGACAGUCAGACAGUGCUGGGGUUGACACUGUAUGUCGAGUCUAAUGAAUGAAUGGAUGAAAUAAUGAAUUAUCUUCAUCAAUAUGCUAUUCAAGAGGGAUAUUGUGAAAAAAAUAUGUUUAAAUACUCUGUGUGGAGAGAAUCAAGCUUAAUUACAAGUAUUCAGUAAGCCACUGCUUGUGUCACCAUGUCUAUUUUCAAAAACAUUAAAUAAACAAUGUGCCCUGGUUGUAAAACAAAUAAAUAAAUGGUGUGUAAAAUACAUUCUCAAAUAAAUGGUGUGCAGGAUAGGGUGAGGGGAGCGCACACUGUUUCUUGAAAGAAUGAACAUUACAACAUGGCUCACUGACUAACCAAUAUGUUUACAGGACAGUUGCAUUGUUGCAGCAAUCCAGAGACGUCCUUGCACAAUAAAUAAAUAAACCUCUUCAUGAUCCUGUUGAUAUCAAAA